CCGAAGGUGCGUCCUCCCAUUUACCUUUCCCAUUUCGAAUCUUUUGUGUUGUUUAUGUUAGUUUCGUGGUGUCAGAGACAAUGAUUUUGAUAUGACUUAAUAGGAUUUGCAGCUCUUGGAUUUCCUUCUGGAGAGAGGCGCCUUCAAAUAUAUUUGUCCGUGAAAGUGUGUGGGUGCCAUUUGCAACCAUGAGUUCUCCAGCUGCAACCGCCGGAGGCCGCGGGAAGUCUAAGGCCUCGAAAUCUACUUCUCGGUCACAGAAGGCCGGUCUUCAAUUUCCGGUAGGAAGAAUUGCUAGGUUUUUGAAGGCUGGUAAAUACGCCGAACGUGUGGGAGCUGGUGCACCUGUCUACCUAGCCGCAGUGCUGGAAUAUUUAGCGGCCGAGGUACUUGAAUUAGCAGGAAAUGCCGCCAGAGAUAACAAGAAGAAUCGCAUUGUACCCCGCCACAUCCAGCUGGCAGUGAGAAACGACGAGGAGUUAAGCAAGUUGUUGGGCACUGUCACAAUUGCCGCCGGUGGUGUCCUGCCCAACAUUCACACAAUUCUAUUGCCGAAGAAGACUGGUAAGGGCGGCAAGGACAUUGGUGGAAGCAUCUCGCAGGAGUUUUAGAGCUACCCUAGUUUGUACAUAGCUCCGUCGCUUUUUCUCCCUCAAUUUGGAGAAUGCACGAAAAAAUGGCAAUGGUCUUUUUUCUGGGAACUUCGACAUCACACAAUUAUUGUGUUUGGGCUCAUCGGCUUCUGAAGGCUCCAAUUUACUUAACCCCGCUGAAGCGUAGGAAUCUGUGUCGCGAGUGUGCAUGGCAUGCUGCUUCUGCUUGAACUGUAGUAGACGUGGCAACUUUUACAAGUUUUUGGAUUGAACUUGUCUUCUUUACCGCUUUGUGUGGCAAUCUGCCACUCAUACUGCCGUAUAAAGAAGUCAUUUUUGUAAUGUGACUCGAUUUUCAAUUGACGCACACCUUAGCGAUGUAUGUC